AUGCAUUUCACCUCCAGCCUUUUCAUCUUCCCCCUCCUCGCCCUCUCGGCCUACGCCGCUCCCAACUCCCCCGACACCCGCGAUGUCCGCCUCCACAACGAAGAAAUCUACCGCCGCGAAAUCAAUCAAAACACUGUGCAGCAAAUAUCGCGCGCCGUUCAAAACAUCGACAACGCCGUGACGGAUCUCCGUCAGCAGAGCAAGGGCAUGAGCGCGAGUGGCCGGGAGGCUGUCCAGCAGAUUCUGAACAAGAUCGUGGUGGGCGCGGAGAAGGUUGGUGAAGGGGCGACGUCGCUCAAGAAGAUUGGGAAGGGGGAUAAGUAUAAAGACGCGGAUUCGAGGUUAUCUGGCUCGUUUGGGCGAUAG